ACCAUUCCAAUUCAAGCACUUUCCCUCUCCAAAAUUUCCCAAAAAUGGUGAUAAGUAAAAAAAUCUGGAAAAUGUUCAGCCAGAUAGUAAAAGUUCAUUCCCCAACCCGUUUAUUCAGUGAGAAAAAUGGGAAAACUGGACAUAAACAUGAAGAAUUGCCCCUUAGAAGCACAUUUGAGUUAUUUGAUGCCAAUUUCUUCAGCGAGCCAAAGAUGCUGGACAUUGUUAAGGGUGCAAAAGAGUUCAAUAUCCCUACAAUCAGAGCCAACCGAAAACUUGUUGGUUCUGUUAAUGGAGGGUUACAUAAUCCAUCUUGUUUGACUUUUAAUCCUGACUGGGGAGGUGAAAAAUCAAAGCAUGUAAGCAAAAGAUUCAAACAUCCUUCUCAAUUUUCUGGCAUAAAAAGACCAGACAGUGAAGAAGAUAUUGCCUUCAUGAGUGUUCUUGAGUUAGGAGAACUCAUUAAGACAAAGCAAAUUACAUCUGAAGAGCUUACUCAAAUUUUCCUGCAAAGACUGAAAAGGUACAAUCAGGUUCUUGAGGCUGUAAUAUCUUAUACGGAAGAAUUAGCAUACAAGCAAGCAAAAGAGGCUGAUGAAUUGCUUUCCAAAGGAGUGUAUUUGGGUCCACUCCAUGGUAUUCCAUAUGGGUUAAAGGAUAUUAUUUCGGUACCUCAAUACAAAACGACUUGGGGUUCAAGAAGCUUUAAAGACCAAGUUCUUGACAUUGAAGCUUGGGUCUACAAAAGGUUGAAGUCUGCUGGGGCAGUUCUUGUUGCGAAGCUUGUUUCUGGAUCACUGGCAUAUGAUGAUAUAUGGUUUGGUGGUAGGACAAGGAACCCUUGGAACAUUGAGGAAUUCUCUACAGGUUCAUCAGCUGGACCAGCUGCCUGUACUUCUGCUGGUAUGGUUCCAUUUGCAAUUGGAUCAGAAACAGUUGGCUCGAUGACUCUGCCUGCCGCUCGCUGUGGCGUGACAGCAUUGCGCCCAACAUUUGGCAUUGUUGGUCGAGCCGGUGUGAUGAGUGUAUCCGAAAGCUUGGAUAAGCUUGGACCUUUCUGCAGAAGUGCAACAGAUUGUGCAAUUAUUCUGGAUGCUAUUAGGGGAAAAGAUCCAGAUGAUCUUUCAUCAAAAGACAUUUCCCUUGAUGAUCCAUUCUCGAUUGACAUUACAAAACUUAGUGUUGGUUAUCUUGAUGAUGCUGAUAUGGAGGUUGUACAUGUUCUUGCAUCGAAAGGUGUUAAGAUGGUCCCUUUCGAGUUGAAGUAUGCGGUUGACUCUGUUCAAGGCAUUGUGAACUUUACUAUGGACGUUGAUAUGUUAGCUCAUUUUGAUGAGUGGCAGCGGUUGGGACAGGAUGAUGAUUAUGAAAGCCAAGAUCAAUGGCCUACUGAACUGCGACGUGCCCGUGUAUUCCCAGCAGUAGACUAUGUGCAGGCACAGCGAUCUCGAGGAAAGUUGAUUCAAGAGGUUAGAGAGAGUUUUACUGUCGAUGCAUUGAUUGGCAGUGCAACUGAUUGGGAAAGAGUUUGCAUGGGAAAUCUUGUUGGUUUGCCUGUGAUUGUUGUACCAACAGGAUUUACCAACAUAUCUAAUCCACCUUCUACUGACUGUCUACGAAGAGCUGCUGUCACCACUGGCAUUUAUGCUCCUCCUUACCAAGACAGCAUUGUUCUUGCAUUGGCAAUGGCUUACCAAUCAGUCACUGAUCACCAUAGGCAGCGACCACCUAUCGAUGAUCUUGGUCUGAAUGAUUCCAUCCCAAACCCGCCCACAGUUACCUACCCUCCAAGGCUGUUGCAUCUUUAAAGAAAUGUAUCUGCAUCGUCAGCACUUCUUACAACAGCUCCAUCAAUGUUUUAAUGAGGAAUCAGUCAUAUGAAUGCAUUAGUACCAGCAUUAAAGAGAUGUGUGUUGCAGCAUAGGACAAUUCAUAAUGCUUUAUUAGCUUAGUGUUGAAACUGAUUUUGGUAGCUGAUAGUGCAUAAUGCUUUUAUUUAAUCACUUUAAAUGUAUGAAUUUUAUCAUCACAACUGAAUUUCAAGGUUAAAAUUUUCCUUUCUUGUAA